AUUUCUGAGGAAAGUGCCACUGUGCAGGUGGACUAGGUAAGUGCCAUUGUGCAGGUGGGCUAGGGAAGUGCCAUUGGGCUAAUUGUGCAGGCGGGCUAGCUAAGUGCCAUUAUGCAGGUGGGCUAGGGAAGUGCCAUUGUUCAGGCAGGCUAGCUAAGUGCCAUUGGGCUAAUUGUGCAGGUGGUCUAGAUUAUGAAUGCAGCAGAGUAAACUGUCAUAUAAUGAGCCCAGUGAUUCAUUGGUUACAAUGUGCUGGAUCUACUUGACCAGACACAAGUACAGGACAGAAGCUGAUCAUCAUUUUUUUCUGCUAUGAAAAAGGUUGGUGGACAAAUGUUUUGUAUGACAGACCUUUCUUUCUACAUAAAAUAUCUUAUUACAUUAUUAUGUAUAGCACAACUGUUUCUUAUUAUAAAUGUUGCGCUUUUGCAGCAUCACAAGUUACAUGACAUCUGUGGGACUGUUUACUCCAAUGAACAAGAAACUCAUUACCCACAGUAUCAGUUUGUGAGUAAUGUAGAACCUGUGCAAAGGUAAGACGUAGAAUACUUGUUCGGCCCAACCCUCAUGCUGUUGUAAACUGACUCAGUAACCCCUCCCUCCUCACAAUAAGGCUCACAGUUAUCCUGGAUGUGUUCAGUCACAUUUCUGUUCAGGUGUCUACUGCAUUAGCAACAGUGUCAAACCUCAUAUGUCCCCUAGACUCCUACCCGUAUGAGGCCCCUCUUGAAUGGGCCCUCCAGAUCAUGUACCUGCCUUCGACCGUACUCUUCCUCUGCCUUAUCCAUGUGACUGAAACUCCGCCAGUUAUAGAUAACAAAGUGGGUGUUAAGGGGCGCAGCAUUUCUUUUGCAAUCAAACCAAAUCAACCUGACUGUCCUCCAGAUGAAAUCACCAUUAGGUGGAAAAGCAGAAACAAUUUGGAGGAAAUCGAAGUUGGAUCAUGUAAAAAAGAUCAAGUGUGCGAGACCUCCUCUUCUUUCCAAAACCGCAUUGAAUACAUAAGGGAAUCCAACAUCACAAUCUCGGACUUGAGGAUGGAGGAUAGUGGAUUGUACACCCUGUCUUAUUUAUUUACUUGCACAGAAAGAAAAGAGGAAUCAUUGCAUAAUCUUAUUGUAUAUGAGUCUGUUCCUAUACCAUACAUAAAGGAUGAAAAGAACUGCAGUUCCAUUGGCCAGUACAAUAUCACUCUCAGCUGUUUAGUCCUAGGAAUCUUCUUGGUGUCAUUCCAUUGGCAGAAGGGGAAUAGUAAGACUGGGUACCAGCACUGUGGAAAUGAAAGCACAAUCCAGGUGGCACAGCAGUGCGAAUUGUCUUUGGAUGAGGAGUAUGUCUGCACUUUGUAUAACUUAGAAGAUUAGAAAAACACCUCCUUUCCCUUAAAGGACAUGUGCACAGGUGAUACAGAAAAAAGAAUUCAGACAACCAUUUGAAAAACCACCAAAGAAAGCAAAAGAAGCCUAUUUACAAAUGAAACCUAUUGAUGAGCAAAGACAUAACUAACCAAACUCCUACAAAGGAGAACAACACAAAUUGUCCUUUCUUGGAUCCAACAUAGCAACAUAGUAAGUUAGGUUGAGAAAAGACACACGUCCAUCAAGUAAAAAAAAAAAAAAAAACAUUUGA